AUGUUGUACCGAACAGCUGCCGCACGCUCUGUGCUCAGAGCCGUAUCGAGCUCAAACGCUUCAAUUGCUCGUAGUGCCUGGACCAACACUACUUUCAAGGCCCAGUUGACCACCUCCGCCCGGCAAUGGGUUGGCCCACGGUCGACCUCCAUGGCUCUCUCGGCUUUCCGCCAGCCAGUCACCACCGCCCUUGUCCGCUAUUCUUCCACUGAGGCUAAGAAGCCCGCCGCUGAAGAGCACGAUAUUGAUAUGAUGGCCGGUGUUAAGAACGAUGUGAAAGUUAUCAAGGAUACCUUCAGCUUGGAGGGUGUCCCCAAGGAGGCUCUGUACUACGGUAUGGCCGGUGUUAUCCCCUACGUUGUGACCUCGCUCCAGACCGUUUUCCUCUCCUGGGAGAUGAACAACGCUGUCACCCUUGGCUCCGGCAAGUACAUCUCCGUUGAGACCGCCCAGGCCAUGAUGAACCUCAUUGAGCCUAUCCAGGUCGGCUACGGCGCCGUGAUCCUGUCCUUCCUUGGAGCUAUCCACUGGGGUAUGGAGUGGGCUGGAUACGGUGGAAAGCACGGUUUCCGCCGAUAUGCCACCGGUGUCGUUGCUCCCGCUGUCGCCUGGCCCACUCUCCUCCUCCCAGUUGAGUAUGCCUUGAUCACCCAGUUCUUCGCCUUCACCUUCUUGUACUACAACGACACCCGUGCCGCCGUCAAGGGAUGGGUUCCAUCCUGGUAUGGCAUGUACCGCUUCGUCCUGACCUUCGUCGUCGGUGCCUCUAUCGUCUGCAGCUUGGUCGGCCGUGAGCAGCUUGCCUCCCACUUCACUUCCGAGCACGGAAUCGCCGAGAAGGUCAAGGCCCUCCAGGCUGCCCGAGAGAAGGACCUUGCUAAGGCCUCUGCUGCCGCUGCUGAGGAAUCCGAGUAA